UGUGUGUGUGUGUGUGUGUUGCAGGUUGUCAGUGUGUGACGAGGAUAAGUUGACUCAUAACGAGUUCAUCGGCGAGUCGCGAGUCGCUCUGAGACGAGUCAAACCAGACCAGACCAAACGCUUCAGAACCUGUCUGGAGCACCCACCGCCUAUCCCCUCCCCAACAGCGAUGGGAGCAGCCCUGCGUGGAAUUUCAUGUUACCUGAGGGAGUGGGAGAACGAGCAACUGCACAGCCUGGAGGAGCGAGGCCGUCUGCUGCUCUCGCUACAGUUCCUGCCCCCGCCCGAGGGGGGCGCCGUGGAGGGCCAGAGAGGGCGCCUGUGUGUGGGGGUGCAGCGCUGCGCCCAUCUGGCUGCCAUGGAUGUCAACGGCUUCUCCGACCCCUACGUCAAAACUUACCUGAAGCCAGAUGUGGAGAAGAAAUCUAAACACAAGACAGCUGUGAUUAAAAAGACCCUGAACCCUGAAUUCAAUGAGGAGUUCUUCUAUGAGAUCUCUCUGUCUGCGCUGGCCAAGAAGACGCUGGAGGUGACGGUGUGGGACUACGACCUGGGGCGCUCCAACGACUUCAUAGGAGGCGUGUGUCUGAGCUGCCACUCACAGGGCGACGCCCUCCGCCACUGGAUGGACUGCCUGCGGGGGAGGGGCCAGAGGGUGGAGCGCUGGCACAUCCUGACCAAUGAGCUGCCCAAGUCCCUCUGCCCGGACUAAACCCGCCCCCUACCCUGACUAAACUCGCCCCCUACCCUGACUAAACCCACCCCCCUCC